UCCAGUUGGAGUUUUUCAGUGUUCUUCGACGGGUGUGUUAAAAUUUGUGGUGCGCAGUAAAAAAAAUCGAGCUAAUAACCCUGUACAAAUAUUAAAAUUAUACGAAAAUGUCUGGAAAAGAUAGAUUACCGAUUUUCCCGUCUCGUGGCGCCCAAAUGUUAAUGAAGGCCCGUCUUGCGGGUGCUCAGAAAGGUCAUGGUCUGUUGAAGAAAAAAGCUGAUGCAUUGCAAAUGCGCUUCCGUAUGAUUCUUGGCAAAAUCAUCGAGACGAAAACUUUGAUGGGCGAUGUUAUGAAAGAGGCCGCCUUCUCGUUGGCCGAAGCCAAGUUCACAUCGGGCGACAUCAAUCAGGUGGUGCUGCAAAACGUGACCAAAGCCCAAAUCAAGAUACGUACCAAGAAAGACAACGUCGCUGGUGUUACGCUGCCCGUGUUCGAGUCUUAUCAGGAUGGCGCUGAUACUUAUGAGCUGGCUGGUCUGGCCCGUGGUGGUCAACAGCUGGCCAAACUGAAGAAGAACUACCAGAGCGCCGUCAAGCUGCUCGUUGAACUGGCUUCACUCCAGACCUCCUUCGUCACCCUCGACGAGGUCAUCAAGAUCACGAAUCGUCGUGUCAAUGCCAUUGAGCAUGUCAUCAUACCUCGUAUCGAUCGUACAUUGGCGUACAUCAUCUCGGAGCUGGAUGAGCUUGAGCGUGAGGAGUUCUACCGCUUGAAGAAGAUUCAGGACAAGAAGCGUGAGGCCCGUCAGAAGGCAGAUGCCAAGAAAGCAGAGCUUCUUGAACAGGGCAUCGAUGUUCGUCAGCAGACGAACAUCCUCGAUGAGGGCGAUGAUGAUGUUCUCUUCUAAGUAUUAAUCCCAUACGUGUCUACGUGUGUGUGUAUUCCAGCAAUAUGUUAUUGUUAAACUUCAAGAAAAAAUAUUUGUUCUGUUUCCAUUUUUCAACCGCAAAAGAAAACCCCAAACAAAAACUUAUUGUAUGUAAAAUGUAGCUACUGCAAACUUUGUAAGCUUAAAGUAUAUAGUCUAAUUCCAAUAAGAAA